GAACACAAGCGCUCCAUCACGAAUGGAGGUUCCUGUUGCUGUCCGCGGUCUGCCUUGUUAUCUGUACUGAGAGUGAAGUGUUAUAGCUAAAGAUUAGCUUUGCGUAAAAUGUCUAGUUGCAUAUUUCAACAGUGAGUGCUCAUAUUCGUGUAAGUUACUGCUUACGCACCCGAAAGGAAAACGUUUUAUACAGUGAUGGCAGAGGAAAGGCGUCAGAAGCAGUGCUCGGUAGUCCUCCCUACAGAGUCCAUGAAGGCAAUGGCAGAGUCGGUGGGAGUGGGCCAGUUACAGGAGGAUAGCUGCACAGCCCUAAGUGAAGAAGUCAGUUACAGAAUUAAAGAAAUUACACAGGAUGCUCUUAAAUUCAUGCAUCAUGGGAAGAGGCGUAAACUAACCACCAGUGACAUUGAUAAUGCCCUCAAACUUAAAAAUGUGGAGCCCCUCUAUGGAUUCCAGUCGCAAGAGUUUAUCCCUUUUCGUUUUGCAAGUGGUGGCGGCAGAGAGCUUCAUUUUUAUGAGGAGAAGGAAGUGGACCUGAGUGAUAUUAUUAACACACCUCUCCCCAGAGUUCCUCUGGAUGUGUCUCUUAAAGCCCAUUGGUUAAGUAUUGAGGGGAUUCAACCUUCUAUUCCGGAAAAUCCACCACCAGCACCAAAAGAACAACAAAAAGCUGAAUCCACUGAGCCCCUCAAAGUUGUCAAACCCGGUCAGGAGGAAGAUGGUACCAUUCAAGGCAAAACUCAGGGGGCACCGGCUGCUGAUGGCAAAGGAAAAGAGAAGGGUCCCAUCAGGUUGAAACCUCGCAGCACGCAUGAGCUUUCUGUGGAACAACAACUCUACUACAAAGAGAUCACUGAAGCAUGCGUGGGAUCCUGUGAAGCCAAGAGAGCUGAAGCCUUGCAAAGUAUUGCCACAGACCCGGGACUGUAUCAGAUGCUUCCAAGAUUCAGCACCUUUAUUUCAGAAGGAGUUCGUGUUAAUGUGGUGCAAAACAACUUGGCUCUGCUGAUUUACCUCAUGCGGAUGGUCAAAGCACUGAUGGAUAACCCCACGUUAUACCUGGAGAAAUAUCUGCAUGAGCUCAUUCCGGCUGUGGUGACAUGUAUCGUGAGCAAGCAGUUGUGUUUGAGACCAGACGUUGACAACCACUGGGCUUUACGGGACUUUGCCGCUCGCCUUAUGGCGCAGAGUUGCAAAACCUUUAGCACCACAACCAACAACAUCCAGUCUCGCAUCACCAAGACUUUUACUAAGAGUUGGUUGGAUGACAAAACCCAGUGGACAACGCGAUACGGUUGCAUCGCUGGACUUGCUGAACUGGGACCUGAUGUGAUCAAAACGUUGAUCCUUCCUCGGCUUGCUGUAGAGGGCGCUCGCAUCAAAGCAGUGAUGGAAGGACCGGUGAUCUCCAACAUUGAUAAGAUUGGAGCGGACCAUGUUCAAAGUCUUCUACUGAAACACUGUGCCAGUGUCAUUGCCAAGAUUCGACCUCCACCUGACAACGUGGAACAAUAUCGGAUUGACUAUGGUUACCUCGCACCCAUGCUGUGCUCCCAUGUAAUGAAGGCUCGGACUCAAGCUGCAAUGCAAGCUCAGCAAGUCAACAGAACAACGUUAACAAUCACACAGCCUCGUCCGACCCUCUCUGUCUCACAAAGUGGACUCAGUGCAUCAACAGGCCCUCGCACUCCCAGUAUCAUUAAAGUUCCAAGCUCCCUCACCCUGAUGUCGCCGAGACCAGGGACCCCAUCACAGCCAUCGCCCCCUGCCACCAAGUAUAUCGUCAUGGGAACCAGCGCAGGAUCCGCCUCAACGCAGCAGCAGGUAAUCACCAUCAACUCUUCCCAGUCUGCUUCAACGGUUACAAGCACCGUACCCAGUGCCACGUCAACCUUGCAGCCCUUGGUAAAAGUAGAACCAGGAAGUGGCCCCACACUCCCCGGUUCGCGACCCAUGCAGAAGUACAUAGUGGUAUCACUUCCCUCAUCCAACUCUUCCAUGGAGAAUAAGGGUUCUGUAAUCCCAACACCCAUCUCAACCACACUAGAACCGACGGGGAAGACGGACCGUUCAGAGUCUCCCGGUGCGAGCACACAGUCGCCACACUGACACUUUUUACUGGAGAUUUAACAUGCAUUCAAGGACUGUGUUUGGGGUUGACGCGAAAACUUCGAAAUGGUGCAAAGGCAGGUGUUUAAUCAUACACUGUAAAUAUACGAAUGCCACACAAGAGGCAAUCUGUCACAGUUUCUUCCUCAGUUCCAAUUGAUUUCAUGCUUUUUUUAAUUUUUAUUUUUACUCAAAAAUAAAAUUUCACUUUGUAUUUGUAUU